ACCAACAAAAGGCUUAAGACCGCUUCUCAUCGCAGUCUUCUCUAGCCCAGCGUGACCUCAUUUUUUUUUCUCACCAUAGCUACUUCAACCAGAACAACAUGGAUCGCCGUCCUCAUGCACAGUCACUGGCACCGCCAGCCCCAAUAUCAAGCAACCCGCCGGAACCUCCACAACGCUUACGGCGCAGGUUGCAAAAGAAGCUCCUGUCCAUCCGACGUCCUGCACCUAUCGACCCCGUGGCAUCAAACAAACUCAAUACCGGGGUGGCAGUAGCUGCCCAGCAAGCCGGAACCAUCGGUCAACCUUCCUUGCGUUUGUCACCAGACCUGAGCGAUGCAAAAUGGCAUGCAUAUCUCGGAGACAGCAACGCUGUUCGAGAUCCGAAAUCAAAAUCACAAACAAACUCACAGUCAAAAUCAAAACCUCUACCAGCGAGACCAAGAACGCCAGAGAAACCACGAAAAGUCUCAUUCGACACAGCACCACCAGCACCGGCCAUUAUUCCGGAAUUCUCGCACCUCGCCGUGAGCAAUCUGACGCCGAGACCCUCUCUCGACAGCUCACUCAGCUCACCGACCUCAUCCAUCAGCACGAGAUCGAGCAUGCGACGCCAUGCAAAGACGCCCAUCUAUGCCAUUGGCCAACUGGAAAACGCAAGCUACGGGAGGAGCGCCAAAACCGCUGGAAAAGUCACCAGCGUCGACCUGAUUGCAAACCAGUACAGAGAUCUCCUCGAGACCCAGGAUGCCAGCUCAAUAUGUACCGACGCCCGCUCUGAUCCCUUCCCGUCACGACAGUCUUUGCACAGCCAGAUUUCCUCCUCUACUACCCGGUCGCGCCACAGCGCCGGCGAGACACCCGCCGAGCAGCUCCGGCGAGACAUCUUCUCGCCGGCACCGGCGCCGUUGCGCCGUGCAUCGGCGGCGUACUCUCGGUCACCACGGUCUGACGACGGAACGCUGGUUGCAUUCGACGAGGAAGCGAUCUACUUCAAGCCCCUGUCAUUCUCGCCAGAACCACCCUCGACACCCCCGCCCCCACCGCGGAAUCGCGCCCGACUCAAUCGAAAUUCGUCCUCCCAAGGGGGGUCGAGUCAGAACCUGAGCUUGCAGAUUGCCAUGGAUCUUUUGACCCGUGAGCUGUCGACGAGCAUGUUGGAUAAUUCGCACAAGACGGGGACAGAUGUCUCGUCUCUGCAAGUCUGGGUCAUGAUCGAAGCCUACGAGAGGUUGCGAGAUCAGGUUCUGGAAGCGAGGAGGCAGACAGAUGAGGCGCAGAACCUGGAGACGGUGUUUGAUACCUGGUUAAAGGCUCUCUAUACCCUCCAUGACCAGAUGACGAGUGAUGCGGCUUCUCAUGGGAGUAACUACGAUGAAGCGUAGUUGGGGUUAGGAUGGAGGGACGGAUUCGGAUGAUCUACCUACUAUUGAUUAACUUGGGUACGGCUAUACCCGCAUAGUGAUGGCAACGGCGUUGGAAUGGAUAGGUUCGGACAUGGCAUGUCUGAGUAACAGUACCUUACACCAGGUAUUAGGAACAACAGUAUCAAGUUUCAGCACCGAUUGAAGUCUACAAACGAGAAGAUCACAAGUGAUGCAUGCACUUUAACAUUGUUUCCUACUUUG